UGAACCAAGUGACAUCAUAGGUUGCUCAAAACCUUAUCUUGAACCAUCAAACACUGGAGGUUCACAUGAGAUCAAAAAAGAAAGAAGAUAAAUAAGAGUCCUUUCAAAACCAAUAGCUGCUGAAGGGGACACUGCAUGAAACUAAGAAUUGACAUGAACAAUAACAUUGUGUUUUAGGGAGAAGUUGAAAAGCAGUUGUGGUUGGAAUUUACAGCCACAUCACAGCAAAGGCACCAGUACCCUCACAACUCAGUGUUUACUGUUUCCAGUCUGCAGAGUAGUGGCUUCACCGGUUCAUCAUCGUACUCACUCUUUAUUUACUCCACCAGAAACUACUUGAAAACCUUCAGCAUGGUGCUCGAUUGUACACAGGUAGAUGACGUGCUGGAGAAGUACUACCUGUCACCAUUGUAUGGCAUGGAGUUCUGCAUUGGGUUCCCUGGCAACCUUUUGGUUGUACUUGGUUAUGUGUUUUGUUUGCAGAAGUGGCAGAGCUACAACAUUUAUCUAUUCAACCUGGCGGUGUCUGACCUUAUUUUCCUCUGCACGCUGCCACGCCUCUCGUACCUCUAUGCUAACGGCCAAUCAGAGACAAAUCCCACUGCUUGCAUUGUCAACCGCUAUGUCCUGCAUGUCAAUCUAUAUUCUUCCAUCCUUUUCAUGGUUUGGCUCAGCAUGGACCGCUUCCUGCUCAUAAAACAUCCAACAAGAAACCAUUACCUGCAGACCCGCCGGGCUGCCCUGAUUGUCACAGGGCUUAGCUGGCUUGCCGUCAAUGUGGAAGUUGCCCCAUUGAUAGCAUUGAUGAUCCAGGACCAGCAGAGAGGGGGGAACUCAAGUCUCUGCCAGGAUUUUGCUAGCCUUAAAGGAAACAUCGAACCAUUUGGGUACAGCCUAGGACUAACCGUGACUGGUUACAUCAUCCCUCUGCUUGGACUUUGCAGUUUCUCCUACCAGAUUGCACAUCUACUCCGUGUCCAGGAAAGGGCUUUACAGCGUAGGGCAGCAUCAUACAAGCGACCUCUGAGGGUUGUUGCAUCAGCAGCAAUCAUGUUUCUGGUUCUUUACACUCCCUAUCAUGUGCUGAGGAAUGUAAGAAUAGCAUCACAGCAGGCCUGGUUUGGGCUGCAGCUUUGCACGAAGAUGUACAUAGAGGGUCUGUACAUUAUGACCCGCCCGUUGGCCUUCUUGCACAGCGUCAUCAACCCUGUCUUCUACUUCUCCAUGGGUGAUCAGUUCAGAGAGCUUCUUUUAUCUAAGGUCAGAAAGCUAAUCAGAAAAACAGAUCAGCAAGGCCCAGCCACAAUAAGUUCACCAAGAAGAGGCACACAGAGUACGCAAGCAUGUCAGUCAGCUUUAUCUUUGAAUACUGUUUAAUGUCAAAGUGUUUCUUUGUUUCCAAUUGUGUGUAACUGUUAAACAUCUACUGAGAUAUUGCCAAUCUGUGUAGUGUUAAAAAUAUAUUUUGACAUUUUCUUUGUCUCUGAUUAACGUAUAUGUCAUGCAAACUCAGUGUUUUUAAGCUGCACCUUAUAUGAUUUAUGGCUAAAAUGAAUGUAUUUCAAUGCAUGACAGUCAUGAAGGCAAAAAAUAAAUACAAAUGGAGGAGGUCAUGGUUCCAUGGUCUUCGGAGUGUUUCCAAUCAGUGUAUUCAUCAACCACAUCAGCGUCUAAAGGUUGUUCAAUAUUCCUAUUAUAUUGCCAGUUCAAGCAAUGAAUUGUAAUGUCUCACCAUUAAUAUAAAUGCCCAUAGCGUGCUGUAGCCAUAAUUUUGUUUGAAAAAAUAAAAUGUUUUAAUGUUA